CGGCAAAGAGGCGGGACUCCGGUCCUGGCCUGGGCGAUGGCGGCGGCCGCGGGCCUAGUGCCCCUGGAGACCAGUAUUGUGUCGCCCCUUGGAAGGCACAGCGCCUCGCUGAUCUUCCUGCAUGGCUCAGGUGAUUCUGGACCAGGAUUUAGAAAGUGGAUCAAACAGGUUUUAAAUAAAGAUUUAGCAUUCCAUCACAUAAAAGUUAUUUAUCCAACGGCUCCUCCCAGGCCAUAUACCCCUUUGAAAGGAGGAAUCUCUAAUGUGUGGUUUGACAGAAUUAGAAUAGCUCUUGACUGCCCGGAACACCUUGAAUCAAUCAAUGCAACAAGUCAGGUGCUUACUGAUCUGAUUAAUAAUGAAGUAAAAAGUGGCAUCAAAAAGAACAGGAUAAUAUUAGGAGGAUUUUCUAUGGGAGGAUGCAUGGCAAUGCAUUUAGCCUACAGAUUUCAUCAAGAUGUGGCAGGAGUGUUUGCCCUUUCUAGUUUUCUGAAUAAAUUCUCUGCUGUUUACCAGGCUGUUCAGAAAAACAAUGGUGUGCUACCAGAGUUAUUUCAGUGUCAUGGCACUGUGGAUGAACUAGUUCUUUAUUCCUGGGGUGAAGAGACAAAUUCAAUGUUAAAACAUCUAGGAGUAAGCACGAAGUUUCAUACUUUGCCGAAGUAUUACCAUGAAAUAAGGAAACCUGAGCUAGAAAAGCUGAAGUCAUGGAUCCUUACAAAGCUUCCUGAAGAAGUGGAAGAAAAUAAUGAAUGAAUUUUGAAAGAUUUAUUGCUAUAUAUGGAAUGUCUUUGUGAAAAGUGACCUUUGUUGCCAAAUUAUAAAUAUAAAUAGUUUACUCAAUGAAGUAAUUUUUAAAACGCUUAGAAUCUUAGAGAAUAAUACGAUAUUAAAGUUAGAUUCAUUUAAACCACCA